AUGGGCCGGCGUCUGGUGGCGGAGGGGGCCUUGCGGCGGCUCUUGCGGUGUGAUGAGCGCGCGGAGCUUGCGCGCCUGCGGGGCGCGGCGGAGAUGGCGCUGGAGCGCUUGGGCUCCGGUUCCGCCACCGCCUGCCAGCUGCUGGAGGGCAUCUCCGAAGUGGGCCUCCUCUGCGUAGAGCUGGCGGAGGAGGUGGGGGUGGAGGAGGCCGCGGAGCCGCUGUGCGACGCGCUGUGUGCCGUGGGGGCACUGUUUGCUGCGCCGGAGGAGGCGGCUGCACCGCAGGACCGAAGUAUCGACCGCCUGAAGUUCGAGCACCGCUCUGGGACCGCCAGGUUCCUGGAGCCCUUGGGCGCGGCGCUGGAUGGCCUGGUGCUGGACAUUUCCCAGAGCCUGGCCCGGGCCGAGGAGCAGCUGCGGUGGCAGCUCUCGCCCUUGGCGCUGCAGGGCGAGGCUGCGGCGGCCCGACGCUUUGAGGCGAUCUGCGCGGUGUGCGCGUGGCUUCUGGCGAUUGCGGCGAGGGGCUCCGGGGGUCGCUUCACUGCUGAGAUGCUCUGGGACUUUGCCAACGAGGACGCAUUGAGCGCGGUGGUCUUCGCCAAAGGCGCGCUCUGCUUCCAGCAAGGCCCGGAAGAUGCUGAUGUUCCAGUGCCGGAAGAUCUGCCGGAGCUGCGGGAUGCCGCGCUGGGGGCGCUGCUGGGGCUUUGCGCCCACGGCGUCGCCUUUAGGGAUUGCUUGGAUCCAGAGGAGAACAUCGACAUCUCCAUCCGGAACGAACAGCUGGCGUUACACCGGGCGACGGUGGCGGCGGCGGCAGCGCGCCAGCAGCUUAUGCCCUGCCUGCUGGCCUACCCCUGGGCCACCGGCCUCACGGGACCUGAGCGGCUGCCGGAGCUGGUUGGCUUCCUAAGGGAGACCCUGGACUCCGGGUCCUUCCCGCGCUGGAGCCCCUUCCUGGAGUCUCUUGGCGCGGACGUGGACGCCUGGCGCGCGGAGGUCCGCGCCUUCGCGCCGCGGCUCUGGGAUUUGGCGGACCUGGCGCCGCCCAAACGCGGCGUGCUGAGAGACCUCGCGGCGUUGGCCAAGUCGGCGCCUCCCUCGGAGGAGCCGUGCCUCCGGCUGCUGUCGCGGUGCUUGGGCUUUGCCUCCGGAGAUCCGGAGGCGCUGGCGGCGUUGCUGAGCCUGGCGCAGGCAGCAGGCAUGCGGCCGGGAGGCGAUGCCCUGAGCGCGGUGCUGGCGCACCUGGACGACGCCCAGCGCCAGGCCGUGGCGAGGCGCCUCACUGCGGAGGAAGCCCAGGCCUGGGCCCCCGCGCUUCGCGAGGCGCCGCCUGAGCCGCCCUCCGCGCCGAGGGCCAUCGCUGAGCCGCAGAGACAGGACCUUCGGGCGUUGCUGGCAGAGGCGCCGGCGCACUUCUGCUGCCAGCUGGACGGGCGUUUGCUGGUGGACCCGGUCCGCACGCCCUGGGGCCACCUCUGCGAGCGCUCGGUGCUCGCCAAAGCUCUGGAGGGAGGCAGCUGCCCCUUUACCGGCGCGCCGCUGCAGCUGGCUGAGUGCCAGCGCGACGCUGAUCUCCGGAAGCAGAUCCGGGAAUGGGUCCGAAGCCGGCCCGGCGAGAAAAGGGUACGCUGCGUGCGCGGCGAGCCCAAGACGGCGCUGCAGAAGUACGUCAUUGUGCUCACCUUGGCGUCCCUGGGCUGCGACACCUUCUGGUUCGACUUUGACUCGGUGUGGCUCAAGAACCCUGUGCCUGCGCUCAAGCGGGCGGAGGCGGCCGAGGCGGCGCGCGCCGUGCAGGAGAAGAGGGCUGAGGCGCUGCUUUUGUCGGCCAUUGACUUCGACUCCAAGAACUGCGCCAUGAACGCCUUCUUCCUGCUGCGCCCGUCCCGUGGUCGGGCCGUGGCCUGGCUGCUGUCGCUUUUGGACUGGAUCUACAAGCGGCCCUAUGUGCACGACCAGCUGGCCUACAGCCUCUUCCUGGGCGCGACGCCCUUGGUGGACGAGGAGCCGCUGCCGCAGCCGCCGGUUUGGGCGCCGCUGGACCCCAACAUCUUCGCCAACGCCGCGCGUUUCGAGGGCCUCGGCUUCUCCUCCGAGGUGGAGGACUUGGUUCUGUUCCACUUCUUCGAUGGCAAGGUGCUCAAUCGCACGUGA